GGAUCUACUGUGCAAGAGUGUGGAAGCGCCAGAUUUGUUCGUUACUACAUCACUGCUGCGCUUCCAUCACACUAUGCCGUCUCAAGCAUCGACGGUUCUUCACAGAGCCGGAUCUAUGACCCUCCCAAUCUCCUCAUCGCUGAAACUAUCGUGCAAGAGUGUGGACUCGCCAGAACUACUAACUACAUCACCGCUGCGCCUCCAUCACAUUACGCCAUCUCAAGCAUCGACGGUUCUUCACAGAGUCAGCUAUGCAACCUUCUAACCGGAGUUGUUGCACGGAGAUCCAACCACCCCCAAGCUUUUUACCUCUUAUCCGAUGUUUGCUCACACACGUUCUGGUUGAACGAGUGCGAUGACUGUAUGCUUAGGUUUCUUUCGGUUACAAAUUAUUGGACUCGACACAGUAAUGUUGAGUUCCGAAGUUUGGACCCAAUUAAACCAUCAGCUCGAUCGUCAAACUUCAUCCUAGGCGCCUCUUUGGAGGCAAAGCUAGAGCUUGAGAUUCACCUAGUCUCUUCGAUAAGUUUUUGUUGGGUUUAAAGCUGAUUGUGUUUGUUUCAUCGUCAUAUCAAGUCAGAUAGGACUUCGUACUCUUAAUGUUGUCUACGGUUCUGGAGCUUCUCACCUAAGGCUCUUGCCAUUCAACAUUCCAACGUCUUCUUAUAGGUUUAUCAACGUCGUUUUUGACUAUCAGUUGUUCUUUCGAACAAUUACCAUGGGAACAAAAGUGGAGCUUCCCUUUGGGUUUAUUCGUUUCGCUGAGCAUGACUCGCCCCUAGAUGGUUCUAUCUUUAGUUGUUUUGUAAUGUUUUCUAGCUUCAUUCUACCGUUGAGCAUGUCUUCGGGAUCUUUUGCUUCAGUUGUAAACUUUUAUGCUCUUUGAGCUUUUUAAUAUAAGAU